UGUGAAAAAGUGGUGACAAAUGCCUUGUUUUGAAUGAUUUGCAACUUUUGGCUCAUAUUUGUUGCAAACGUUUGGUUUGAUUUCAUAAACAAUUAAAACACAAUCAAAGCCAACGAUGUCUUUGUCCACAGCUAUGGAUCAGUUCGCAGCCUUAAGACACGAAUCGGUGCCAUCGGGUGUGAAACGGGGCUCACAUUUGGAUGCAAUGGUUGGCAAUCACGUGAGCGAAGAGGUGUCCACCGGGACAUCUAUAAUGGCCGUCGAGUUUGAUGGCGGUGUUGUGAUCGGCGCCGAUUCCCGCACCACAAUGGGCGCUUAUAUCGCGAAUCGCGUGACCGAUAAGUUGACCCGAAUUACGGACAACAUCUACUGCUGUCGCUCGGGAUCCGCGGCCGACACUCAGGCC